GUAUGGUGAGGACGAUCAUAACCAGAGUAGGGGAGGUACUCGGUUUCUCCGUCGGCCAUCAAUAUUCAUCAAAUUCCUUUGUUUCUAUUAGUAGAUAGAAGAUCAUGGCGAUGGACCAUUCAGACGAUUUGGACCAACUUCUUGACAGUGCUUUGGAUGAUUUCCAGACUCUUAAUCUUGCCUCUCCUGCUCAAAGAGGUGAUGGAGGGAACAGAGCAGAGGGUUCUUGUUUGCCUAGUGGGAUUCAAGGACUAGGAAUGAGUUUGCCUGAUUUGAGAAGUAAGAAGAAAGGAAAGCAAAAGGUGGCAUCCAAGGAGUCUCAUGUCUCAGAAACUCUCAAUAAGUUGAGACAGCAAACUAGGGAGACUGUUAAAGGUAUGGAGUCUAUUGCAGGUCCCAAACCAGGUGGCAUUGAUAUGUUUGGAGAUGAUGCAAUGAUGGAGGAUUGGGUCAAGCAGUUUGAGGAACUUGCAGAGUCCCAGGACAUGGAGUCUAUGGUAGAGACAAUGAUGCAACAGCUCUUGUCAAAAGAAGUUCUACAUGAACCCAUGAAAGAAAUUGGAGAAAGAUACCCAAAAUGGUUAGAAGACAAUAAAUCCAAAUUAGACAAAGAAGAAUACGACCGUUAUUUUCAUCAGCACGAGUUCAUAAAAGAUCUGAAUGCAGCAUAUGAAACUGAGCCUGGUAAUUUCAACAAGAUCGUGGAUCUCAUGCAUAAAAUGCAAGAAUGUGGUCAACCGCCAAAUGAUAUUGUGAAAGAGCUUGCUCCUGAUUUUGAUAUAUCAGCUUUUGGCCAACUGUCACCAGAAAUGCUUGAUUCUCAGCAAAACUGCUGCAUAAUGUGAGGGAAGGAAUGGAAUGGAUUGGAUAUAGCAGCACCUUCACUUGUUUUUGUUAUAACUUCACAUUGUUGUUUUAGAAAUACGAGGGAAAAUAGGUUGGAAAAUUGAUGGUUACAAUUUAUUUAAAACAUGCCUUCACUAAUUAAAUGAAUUACUUUUGG